GAAGCUGUAGAAUAGGGCGCAAACGAAGAAGAAGAACAACAGAAGCGCUAUCAACUAGCUUGUCGGGUUACGUCGAGCAAAUCCUGAGAGGUGUCUGCCUUCAUCACACUGCCUCCCCUUCGCCCCCCUCCCCUCCCCCUUCACAAGGUCGCAGGAUUGUUGGGGUUUUUAGCUCUUUUUUUUUUUUUUUUCCUGACCUGCCAACAUGCCAGCCGCACUUACAGAUUCCAGUCAGAUAAUCUGUGAAGUAUGGGCGAGCAACGUGGAGGAGGAAAUGAGGAAGAUCCGACAAGUUAUACAAAGCUACAACUUCAUUGCCAUGGACACAGAAUUCCCAGGGGUGGUUGUCCGACCAAUCGGUGAGUUCCGAAGCACAGUAGACUACCAGUACCAGCUGCUGAGGUGUAACGUGGACCUCCUGAAGAUCAUCCAGCUCGGCCUCACGUUCAUGAACGAGGAUGGAGACUACCCUCCUGGAACGACGACGUGGCAGUUCAACUUCAAGUUCAACCUCACAGAAGACAUGUACUCACAGGACUCCAUAGAUCUACUCCAGAACUCCGGCCUCCAGUUUAAAAAACAUGAAGAAGAGGGAAUUGAAACACUCUACUUUGCUGAGCUCCUCAUGACGUCUGGUCUGGUGCUGUGUGAAAACACCAAGUGGCUCUCCUUCCACAGUGGUUAUGACUUCGGCUACCUGGUGAAGCUCCUGACAGACGCACGGCUCCCUGAGGAGGAACAUGACUUCUUCCAGAUCCUCAACCUCUUCUUCCCCGCAAUCUACGACGUCAAAUACUUGAUGAAGAGCUGCAAGAACCUAAAGGGAGGGCUACAGGAAGUAGCGGACCAGCUGGAGCUGAAGAGGAUCGGGCGGCAGCAUCAGGCCGGAUCAGACUCGCUUCUCACCGGCAUGGCUUUCUUCAGGAUGAAAGAGCUGUUCUUCGAAGACAACAUUGAUGACGCAAAGUAUUGUGGGAGAUUGUACGGCCUGGGCUCGGGCUCCACCCAACCCCAGAACGGCAUCUCCAGCUCGGGCCAGGAGGAGACGAACAACAAGCACUGACUGAGCGCUCAAAAUCUUCAAGUGGAAUAUGCACUUGUUUUAAAACCCAACCAGCAGAUUUCCCCCCUCUGAUCUCCCUCAACACUCGACUCCCACCAUCCCCCCAAACGAGACUAAACAAAAUAUAUUUCUUUAAAUUUCCCUCCCGAGUGACUGUAAAAUGGACUCACAGUGACAUGGGAUCCUUCACUGGCUCAGUCGUUUUUUUUAAGUCGCUUUUACUGAGUAUAAGGUCAUAUAUCCAGAACACUUUUUUAAAUAUUCUUUUUUUUGUUUGUGUUUUGUUUUUCUUUUUCAGCAUUUCUAGUGACACCCUUCUUUAACAGCAUGGGACCAGCCCCCUUGUAUCAUACUGUGAUUUCAGACCAAACUUUGCCAAAACCAGUCAGAUUCUUCAGUUCAGACUCCUCCUCCUCCUCCUCAUCAUCAGCUGAUCGGCCUCUUGUUGCAGGGAUUUCAUUUUUUAAGUUAAUGUUGGAAGGGCCCUGUAAAUUACAAUGUAUAAUUUUGAUGAAAAUAAAAAUGUUUUAGCUCUU